CUAGUCUUCUUCCUCUAUCCAACAGGUAAACACCGAGUCGAAAUCUGUUUCGAACCGAAAAUGCUUCUACUUCAAGGAGGCGCCGAAAAAAGCCGCCCUGCCAGUGGUCUUGAGCAUGGGCCACUCGACCAGAAGCCCGAAUCUGGACGGAUUCACCUUUCUUCCUCUUCUACUUUGGAACCUGAUGGAUCACAUCAUUGUGUCACUUCGAACGUAUUCAUGACCACAUGCAUUUCGAUGGCUUUCAUCAAGAGUCUCCAAUAUCUGAAUUUUAUACCUCCUUAUCGUGUAGCGACCCCUAAAUGCAAAGCGAUUCUUAGCAUUUUGUUUCUUCCACCUUAG